AUGGGGGUGUGUGGUGGGUGUGCGCAUUCCUAUAGCUCUGCUGAGACAACUCGACCUUCGUUCGGUGAACUUGUUUUCUCGUCCGUGGAGAGUAAAACUCAGCAGAGAACUUUGGCAAAUACAUUGAAUGCAUAUCCGCAGUACUGUACUCCACCCACCUGAACACCAAUUGAGAUUCUGAUAGGGGAAGUAAGCAAUAAGCAUUCAACAUGAACUAUGCUCGCUUCUUGAACGCUGUCAGUAGAGCAAGACGACCGUCACCCCUAAGGGGUCUGACCGAGAUCCUCCAGCAGAGUCCACCUGGCACCAUCUCUAUGGCAACGGGUCUUCCCAAUGUUGAACAAUUCCCAUUUGAAGAUGCUACUUUCAAGCUAAGAGAUAACACCAGCAUGCAUGUCAAUGCACGAGACAUGAAGAAGGCAUUACAGUACACAGCAACACCAGGUCUUCCCGAGCUAAGGGAUUGGCUGAUUGAUAUGCAAAUACAGCUUCACAAUCCUCCGACGUUAGACAGUAGCGAUCCAGACACCCAGAUGGAUCUGAUUGUAUCUACAGGAAGUCAGCACGCCCUCAGCACGUCUUGUGAAAUGUUACUAUCAAAAAACGACAAUGUCUUGACAUCAAGCCCUCUGUAUCCAGGCACAGUGGCAAUCCUCCGUCCCAUAGGAACAAAGUUUCUGACUAUUGAGGUAGAUGGGGAUGGAAUGAAAGUCGAACAAAUAAAGGAAAUCAUGUCACAUUGGGACCCAGCGGACGGCCACAGUGAAAGUUCUGACAUUCCUCGGGUUUUGUGUGUUGUGCCAAACGGUGAUAAUCCCUCUGGUGCCGGGCUAUCGCUAGAACGGAAGAAAGAGAUCUAUGCAAUAGCGCAGAAAUAUAACAUGAUCAUCAUGGAGGACGAUCCGUAUUUCUUUAUCCAAUUCAACAAGCCAAAGGUACCAAGCUUUCUCUCAUUAGACAUUGACGGUCGUGUUCUUCGGUUUGACUCUUUCUCCAAAAUUCUUUCAGCAGGGAUGCGUGUUGGGUUUGUGACGGGGCCUAAGUACCUUUUAUCAAAGGUCAACAUGCACAUGCAGUCUUCUGUACUACACACCGGUGGGAUGUCACAGAUGUUGAUUUUCAAGUUACUAGAAAAGUGGGGCAUGGACGGUUUCUUAAGUCACACGGAUAAAGUGGCUGCGUUUUAUGAAGAGAGGCGUGACAUUUUAAUGGAAUCUGCAGAUCGAUGGCUGAGAGGCAUGGCUGAAUGGCAUGAGCCUCGCGGCGGCAUGUUCCUCUGGAUGAAACUCCUGGGUAUUGAAGACACUACCCCACUCAUCAUGAAGAGGGCUAGAGACAAGGGUGUCCUCUUCGUACCGGGAGGCGUCUUCUACCCAGAGAGUGAUAAGAAAUCUUCUCAUAUCAGAGCGGCUUACUCACUCUGUACGCCGGAGGAAAUGGAUAAGGGUAUGGAAAGAUUAUCAAUCAUUCUCAAAGAAGAGUUAUCCGAGCUGCGGCAGUAGAGGAAGACGCAAUGUACUACAGGAAUGUUAGUGACCUCCUUGUCUGAAAUAAAUGUUUAUAGAAACCAUUAAGCCUGGACGGCUAGUGAAAUUUACUUCUCGACUAGCCACACCUCAAAUAGUUGCGUCUUGGACACUAUAGUUGCGACUAACAACAAGAUUGUUCUUUAAUAUGGGAGCAGUGAUACCAGGGUUGUAGCUUUACCAAUUUUGGUGGUGGGCUAUAUAAAUCCAAUUUGUUGUCGAAGGGUGAGCGGUUCAGCAAAAACAUAGCGGUUAUGAUGCCAGGAUUUCGAGUUGUUUGUGGUUAUGGGAGAAUGCAAUAAGUUGGAUGGCCUUUUGACUGUGUUCUUUCUAUGUGACAUUUGAUACUCCUUAUCAUUAGCUGUGUCUCAGCUCAAUGCACAGUGGACAAUAUUUUUAUUUAAAGGAACACGUCGACAAACAGGUUGGCAAUUUAUGGGAUUUUUUUUUUUUACUCCAAUAAAUGGUCGACCGUGUUAGUUCCCAAAGUAAGAGGAAAACCUCGCAA